CUUAACAUAGGAAUAAUAAAAGCUAGAUCUAAUUUAUUUAUAAAUCAUCAAAAUAAAGGAUAUAAAACAAUAAUUAGAGGUCAUGAAUCAGAAAUAAGCCAAUCAACAAGCAUAUUUUGUAAUUCUCAUUGUCUUUUUUUACUAUGUGAUCAAGUAGGAAGUAUUAAUUGUGAUGGUUAUUAUUCAAUACAUAGCUUUAUAUAUCAUGUUAUUGAAAAAUUGAAAGAAAUUUUUGAGCCACCAAUUAUUGAUAUAAAUAGAUUAAGUAUUGAGGAUGAAGAGGAUGCAUUUAAUAAAGAUCAAGAUGAAACUAAAUUAAAUAAUUCUAUUAAUACCAUGGGCUUAUUAAAUGAAGUCAAAAAAAAGAUGUAUAUAGCUCUUUGUUAUUAUUAUCUUGGUCUAGCACCUCAAGAGUUAUUAUCUGCCUUAUUGGAUUCUUGA